AGAGAGAGACAACCAAAUUAUAAAGACGACUCAGCUUUUUUGGUCUCUUGUCUUUUUCACAAACACAUAAUCCAGAUCGACGGCCGAGAUCCUCUCUCUCCCCGAAUUCCGGUAACGAACACCGUCCGAUCUGUCCACAUUGCUCUCUCUCUCUCUCUCUUGUUCCGAUCCGAUUCUCAGGCGAGAAAUCUCGAUCUGAUCUGGCCACGCAAACAGCUCUUCGCCCAAAAUUAUUUCAGGACCUCUGAAAAACGGGUAUGGGAGCUGAAAGUAGCAAUUGGCAUUUGGAGUUAACCUAUGAUCACUGGGUAGCACUAUCUGUGUCUGGUCCACGACCAUCAGCUCGCUACAAGCAUGCAACAGCUGUGGUUGAUGAAAAAUUAUACCUUUCUGGUGGAAGUCGAAAUGGUCGGUACCUAUCAGAUGUUCAGGUGUUCAAUCUUAAAAAUUUGGCAUGGUCUACUCUGAAACUGAGCACUGAAUCAAAUGCUGAUGAAACUAAAGACAGUGUCUCACAGGAAAUUCUUCCAGCAACAUCUGGCCACAGUAUGUUUAAGUGGGGAAACAAACUUCUUCUUGUUGGAGGGCAUUCAAAGAAUAUUUUUGAUAGUGUAACAGUGAGAUUCAUUGAUCUGGAAUCAUACCACUGUGGCAUUGUGGAGACAUCUGGAAAAGUUCCGGUAGCUCGUGGGGGGCAGUCUCUAACACUGGUUGGUUCUAGACUGAUAAUGUUUGGCGGAGAAGACAGGCUGAGGCGGCUGUUGAAUGAUGUCCAUGUUCUUGAUCUGGAAACAAUGGUUUGGGAUGUUUUGGAAACUACGCAGACACCUCCAGCUCCCAGAUUUGAUCACACAGCUGCAGUGAAUGCUGAGCGUUACCUUCUAAUUUUUGGAGGCUGUUCCCAUUCUAUCUUUUUCAACGAUGUUCAUGUACUGGACUUGCAGACUGUAAGUGUUUAUUCUUUUGAGAUAUCAUUUUGUUCAUACCAACAUGAACUUUUGGCUGUUAAGCAUUUAAGUCACGAUGUUUGUUACUUUUUUUUUUUUGGGUGUAGUAUAAGGCUAGCUGAAGAGUGCAUUCUCUUUUUGUUUAAUAGAUUUUUAUUUUGGUCAUUUGGUUUUAUUUCAGACCUUUCUGCUCUACUUCCAUGCCACAUGCAUGCAUAUAUGAUACAUUUUAAUAUAAAAUUUAUACAUGUGCAUUGGACGCAGGGACUCAGUGUUUCGUCAGUAUUAUUAGAUGGAGAGAAGAUUCUGAUUGCAUUUGGAGGCUACAAUGGAAAAUAUAACAAUGAGGUAUAUGUUAUGAGACCCAAACCAAGCGAUUCUCCACAUCCCAAAAUUUUUCAGUCACCAGCAGCUGCGGCAGCCGCCGCCUCUGUUACUGCUGCAUAUGCCCUAACCACAUCUGGGAAGUUAGACUUGUCUGAAACAGAGGAUUCAAUCAUUAAGGUAGUCCAAGCAAAUGGCUCUCAACGUGAUCUUUCAAUUGAAGUCAAUACAGUUAGAGAAGAAAAGAAGGUGUUGGAGUCAGCCCUGGAAGAAGUCAGAGCAGAAAAUUCAAGUCUCAAGGGAAAGAUUGACGAAACUACUAGUACUUAUACUGAUUUUUUUAAAGAACUUCAGUCAGUUCAAGGUCAACUAGUGGCUGAGAGAUCAAGAUGUGCUAAACUGGAGGCACAGAUUGCAGAGCUACAGAAGAUGCUGGAGUCAUUGCCAUCCAUAGAAGAAGAGGUACAACUACUCAGGAGACAAAAGUCUGCAUUCGAACGUGAUAUGGAGCUUGCUUCAACUGUUCAGGGGAAGAGUUCUGGUGGUGUUUGGAAGUGGAUUGCUGGAUAGCUGGGAAUGCAUGUAAAUCACUAAGUUUUAAUGUCAGUACCUCAAUUGAAAUGGAUAACACUGAAAAACUAAAAAUGUAUCAGCAGCUAUUGCUAUCUUCGAAGUCACAGGAUUCUGAUCUUUCAGCUCACGCAGAGUUUAUGGCUACUAGAAACUUUGGCGUUGUGUUAACAGGCCCACGUGCACAAGAG